UGUCUCAUUGACCCAAAUACCAAGAAGAUCCAAAAUCUUCAACCCAACCCAACCGAACUCAACUGUCUCUAAAUCCGACAAAAAUGAGCGAAGAAGGGAAAAACAGAGGAGUCCCCGCCGAACACCACCAUGUUCAGCAUCAGCAGUAUGAGGGUCAGUACGGCCUCUUCCAAGGCGUGGCCAACUAUCCUCCGCCGCCGCCCGUUAUGGGCUUGCCUCAGCCUGUCCCGCCGCCCGGCGCCACCGAGCCCUCCGCUCCUCCGCCCCCUCAGUGCUAUGUUCAAGCAUAUGAAACCGUUCCAGGUUACGCUGUUGCUGAGGGAAUACCAGUGCGAGAGCGUCGCCUUCCUUGCUGUGGUAUAGGUGUUGGCUGGUUCCUGUUUAUUAUUGGUUUCUUCCUUGCUGCCAUCCCCUGGUAUGUUGGGGCAAUUAUUCUAUUUUGUGGCAGAAUUGAUUAUCGAGAGAAACCAGGAUAUAUCGGUUGCACAGUUGCUUCUAUUCUUGCUAUCCUUGCUGUUAUUCUUGGUGCGACAAAAGGGGCUGAUGAUUGGUGAUCAUUCAGUGAAGACCUGUAUAUAGGUACCAAAAUGGAUGCAUGUGUUUGUCUGUAAUCCUGAAAUUUUUUUUUUAGUAUGGAUAUGUUCGAAGAUUUAUCAUGAAACUUGUGAAAGUAAAAAAAAAAAAAAA